AUGCCUCGAUCGCCUAAUGUGCCUACUGGUGUCUUUGCUGAAGAACAGAAAAGAACCAGCACAGAUGAGGUGCUGUAUGCAUUGAUUCCAGUGUCAUGGCUGUUGCGAAGGGAGGUCCAGCAUAAUCUGUCAGCACUUACCAUGCUGAGCCUCCAUCCCUUGAUUGUCUCUACGUGGGACAAUUUGGCAGCUUGGUUGCAAUCAGGGGAGGGUAAUUGGCACCGUACUGCCUUUGAGGCUAAACACGGGGGAUCAUUAUGGUUCAAGGCGAGCCUUGAUCCUAAGAUCAACAGGCUGUUCAAUGAGGCCAUGUCCAGUAUGUGCAAGCUGUUCAUGGGUUGCAAGGUUGAAAGGUAUAUUGUAGUGCAAAGUGCAUACAACGUUCGAAGGAUUAAAGUCAAUCCUUCAGGUGUGCAGGAAGUAAUGCAUGAUUGGGAUAAUGGCGCGUGCGUGAAGAUACUGAUGCGGUGCAAGGAGGCUGUUCCAAAACUAGGAGGGAAGGUGAUCGUUGUGGAGAUAGUGAGGAAGAAAUGGCCUCAACAAGUGUUCAACGAACUGCAACUGGUCCUCGAUCUUCAUAUGAUGGUAAUGAACAAUGGAAAGGAAUGCAAUGAAGAGGAGUGGAAGAAGUUGUUUAUUGAUGCUGGUUUCUCCAGCUAUGAAAUACUUACGAGCGUUGGCAUCCUCUCUCUCAUAGAGGUCUUCCCUUAG